CUCCUCUCGGCUGUUGUUGGCGGAGCUGGAGUCUGCUGUGGAUGAUGCUCCGUGAUGGAUGAGGAAUGACAGAUCGGGGUUAGCCGCCAGGGGAGUCCAAUUUCUUCUAGCGCGCGGACCUACAUACCCGAGGAGAAAGCAGAGGACGAGGAAGAGAUAGAGGAGAGAGGUUUCCACCCCUCCUCUUUCUCUGACACACUCUCUCUCUCUCUCUCCCUCCGCUAUACUCCCGCGCAUCACAGCCUACAGUGCGCUGCGCUUUACCCCGGACUGCACUGCAUUGCCGCUGCUGCUGCUGCAGAUCGACCCAACCCAGUCUUCAAACACACUCCUGUCGGAUGCUGUUAAUUACAGCUGGAAACUGGAUGCUGCACGGAUUGUGUGUGUGAGCGUGGAUAUGCAACAAUUCUCCCUGUUUGCUCUCUCUCCUUCUCUCUCUCUCGGUGCAGCCUGACGGUGCGUCCUGCUCGGUAAUGCAUACAGAUUUCGGACUGUGCUUGGAUAUUUGUGCAGCUGCAGCACACACGUGAAACUGGGCUACAUUUUUUAUAACUUACAAGUCUGCAGAGCUCCCUCCCUGAGUGUGGCGCUUCACUCUGUGCUGUUUUUGCAACCAACAUGGGUGUUGACUGAAUGGAAGAGUCUCCCCGCGCUGCCGACAGAAGCAACGAGGAUGCACUUGUGAGGAUUUAAAUCUCUUCUUCUUUUCUUUUUUAAUAUUUCCAGGACCAUGAUUCUGCAGCCUGGGACGUUGUUUGUGUUACUUGCACACGCACAUGUCUUAUUGUCACUCAGGAAUGAUGUUGGAGUGCGAACUCACGAGGAGGGCAACACUGACGCGCACUCUGCCAGGAGUUUCCAUGCGUCACUCCGCGAGAGUCACCAAAACAAAGCCAGGGACCGUGCGCUCUCGCCGGGAUACGCCACAGGUGCGUCGUCGACCGGUUCCAGAGGGACUUUCAACUUCACUCACCAUUGGAAACGAAUCACUGCAGGUGAAACGAGGCGAGUUGGACACAACUUCAACAGGACCGUGACAUCCAUGGAGGAUCCCAACGCUGUCUCACAUUGGGACGCGACGCGCCACCAUAAUAGGAGGAUAAAGUUGAUUGGCGGUCUUAGUACGAUGAGGACGCCAGCAGGUGGACACUACAAUGCGGCUAAGUCCUCAUCAAUGGGCCGGGGAGACGGGGGAGGGGGCCCCGAAGAGGGUGACAGGCUCAAGAGAGGCACAAAAGACGAGCAGAAGAAAGCCUGGAGGAGGGGGAGAAACCGGCUGAACAAAAGCGCAGUACCUCUAACUCAACCCCACGAGUCGCCGUGGGAACCCAUCCCCAAACCAGCGGCUCUCACCUCCACCGACUUGCCCUUUGACCUUUUCACCAGGAGGCCCGAGUUCUUCACUUUCAGGGAGGAGAACCCCUGGGACGCCACACCGAUCACGCCACCCAGCCCGCAGGAUUUCGGCAACGAGAUCAAGAACCCCUUUUACCCCGUGACAAGCGAGACCUACGGCGCUUAUGCGAUCACGUGCGUGUCCGGGGUCAUUUUCCUUGUGGGCAUAGCGGGCAACAUUGCCAUCCUGUGCAUCGUGUGCCAGAACUAUUACAUGAAGAGCAUCUCCAACUCUCUGCUGGCUAAUUUGGCUGUGUGGGAUUUUGUGCUCAUCCUUUUCUGCCUGCCAAUGGUGGUUUUCCACGAGCUGACCAAGUCCUGGCUGCUGGGGGAGUUCACCUGCAAAGUGGUGCCCUAUGUGGAGGUGGCGUCUUUAGGUGUGACCACCUUUACCCUGUGUGCUCUGUGCAUUGACCGCUUCCGGGCUGCCACUAAUGUCCAGAUGUACUACGAGAUGAUCGAGAACUGCACAUCUACUACUGCCAAGUUGGCCGUCAUAUGGAUCGGUGCCCUUCUCUUGGCCCUGCCGGAGCUCCUCAUUCGUCAGCUGGUGGCAGAGGACACAGGGAUUCCAGACGAGCCCCCCGAGGAACGCUGUAUCAUCAGGAUAUCCACCUCACUUCCAGACAUGCUCUACGUACUGGGCCUGACUUACGAAGGCGCUCGACUGUGGUGGUGCUUUGGCUGCUACUUUUGCUUACCCACCCUCUUCACCAUUGGGUGCUCACUGGUUACGGCGCGCAAGAUCCGGCGUGCGGAGCAGGCGAGUGUGCGCAGCAACAAGAAGCAGAUCCGGCUGGAGAGCCAGAUGAACUGCACUGUUGUGGCGCUGGCAAUUGUCUACGGUGCUUGUGUCGUGCCUGAAAACAUCUGCAACAUAGUGUCGGCUUACAUGGCAGCCGGCGUUCCCGAGCACACCAUGUCUAUACUCCAUCUUCUCUCCCAGCUGCUGCUCUUCUGCCGGGCCGCUGUGACGCCAGCGCUAUUGCUUCUCCUCUGUCGCCCACUGGGCAGGGCCUUUCUAGACUGCUGCUGUUGCUGCUGCUGCUGUAACUAUGCGCCAUCCUCAGCCACAGGCAGUGACGAUAACGAACAUGAGUGCACCACCGAGCUGGAGCUGUCGCCAUUCAGUACCAUCCGCAGGGAGCUGAGUAACUACACACCUGCUGGCUCCAACUGCUAAAGUGACAUUCCGUAUUAGGGUUGGGGAUUUCACUACCCUGCUAUUAGCCCGUGGAUAGUGGUUCGCACACUAGGCUACGAGACAUUUGCCUUACCUGGUCUAGUCACAGAAGGGAGUUAGACACUGAAUAAUCAUGUUCAGCCAGUGUCCUAUGUCCCCAGCGUUUACUAAGACUGGAUAUUUACAGUGUAACCCUUAUUUCCCAGGAAAGCUAACAAAAGAUAAACCUUUGUUACAUUCAUGACCUGUGGUGCUCUGAAAAACAGGGUCAUAUUUUUAGCAAACCUGCCUGAAACCUUACAAACCUCCCUUCUGUUGACCUUGUAUGCCUAAAUAUCUCUGGACACCUCUUAAUCUGUCUGAACUAGAGGCUUGAAUCAAGUGAAUUUCUUUUAAUUAUCCUAAUACUGAGGCGGAAAAAAAACUGCAGGCUCAUGGUACUCAUGGUAUUGGUGACGCAAAGUUAAUAAUAUUUAUGCUGUACAAUCUACAAAUUAUUGCACAGAAUCUGUCACAGCAUUUUGGCGAUAAAUGUGUUUGGCCACCAUAAAUAUUAUUUAUGUACAGGAAAAGUGGACUGCAAAUCUUCAAUCACCUUCUAAAUGUGUCACUGAUGAAGUGAGGGCGACUAAGCUAAUUAAUCAGAGAAAACCUCAUACAAUAAUUCACAAACUCAGCAUACGGUGGGCAGAAGCUGCCUAUAAAUGAAAAGAUGUGGCUUUCCUGUAUACACUACAUCAGCUGCAAAUGUUGAUGUAAUGACGCUCACACGGGAACAAGGCUUCUGAAAAAUAAACCAGAGUGCGUCUCGUGACAGUUUGCAAGAGGAAAACACAAAGACGACGUUGGAGAAUCCCAAAUCAAAACUUUUACACUGUAUGUGGAAAAAUAUCCAGCUGACUCAGACAUAACUGGGCUGGUCUCAGAGAACAACAACAGCAGACUCGGACUUGAGCGGAACUAAACACUUUCGGAGAACUAAUUCAAAUCACAUUAGAGUUGAAUGGAAUCAGAUGAAACACGACUGAUUAAAUUGGACAAAGUGACGGUGAAAAGAGUGAAAAGUAAUGGAAGAUAACACAGUAGAUCAUUAUUGAAGGGGACGGACCCAGUGUAAAGUGGACUGAAAAUGGAUAUCUGCACUACAACUGUUGUAUCAUGUUAUGCCUUACACUUUGGGCUGUAUAUAUAUACUGUACACUUUUUUGGUGCUCUUAUGAUGAAUGCGCUGUAAACAACAAAUCCAUUGGUUUGACUUAGAGGCACAAGUAAUUGAGCUGCGUACUAUGUUUCUGGACAAGAAGACAGAUUACCCGUGUCUGCCACUCCUGAAAAUUUAAACGAUAGAGUAGCAAAAGACAAGAAGAAAAAAUCAAUGUGGAGUUUCACUGAUCCACAGACAGUUUAAAGGGAUCACCUUACUGAUAGUUGUUUGACAGCUACACUACAGGUAUGGUAGCACUUUAUUUUACAGAACGUUUAUGUGUAGUAGAUGACUAACUAAUGAAAAAAUAAAAUUAUUUAUCACUCAUAAUUUAUAUUUGUAGAGUAGAUUUCAUUAUUGCCAUAUUUUUAUUUUGUUGGAACAAAAUCUAAUUAGUGCUACUUACUGGUUAUACAACGUAGGAAAUCAUUUACUACAAACUAGGGUUAUAUUAUUAUUAUUUUUAAGUGCCAAUGUAGCAUGAUAAAAAUGUAAAUACUUUUUACGACUGGCCUGUAAAUAUAAGUGGAAUUAUAGAUUUGUACCAAUCAUCACAGUAGCGGGAGUAGUAUUUAUUUGAUUUCUGAACUGUAAAACAAGGUGAUACCACAACUAUAUAAAUCAAAUGGAUGGCACGAAACAAUUUACAAUAUCAGCGUGUACUGAAUUGUGGUUAUCCAAUCUAAUAGUUUACAACAAUUAUAAACGAAGCCGAAACAGGCUCUAACUGCAAUUUUAUGUAAGAGUUUUUAUACAUUUUCAAACCAAAAACUUACUUUCAUAUAGCGUAGGCUUAAUCAGUGCGCUAAUCUGUUCCAAAGUCGAGCACAUAAGCUGUCAUCGUUAGUACGUGUAGCUAACGACUUAGUACCUACCAAACACACCAGACUAGGCCUCUUGUCCACAUUUAAGACCCUUUUGAAAAGAAAUGAGUCAGGGGUAAAGAUUAAAACGUCUCUCUGAGACUGCUAAUAUUAGCGUCAUUAGCCAACUAGCUGCUAGCUUUAGCUCGGUUAAUUACCUGCGUUUUUAAGGAGAACCAAUGAAAUGUUUUUCACAGUGUAUAAAUUUACAAGUGUAUUGUACUGUAAAUCUGUUUUCUUAAUCCUACUCAUCAGACCUGGGUCAAAACAAGAUUCAAACCACAGUAUUACUCAAAAAAGACCACACAUCUGAUAUCAACAGGUGUACUACAGGAGAAAAAAAAAGAGUAAUUUGUUGAAAUGUAAUUUGUAUGAAACAUAGCGGUGAACCCUGUGAUGACCCAGGUGUGAUGUUCAUUGGUAUACUGUAUAUUGGGAUCUUACGUAUGAUUCUACACUGCCAAACACCUUCUCUGUGUCUGUCUCUGGUGCUCUUGUGGUAGGAGCACACCAUCGCUGGGUGUCUCAGCAUGAAGGUUAGUUUGCCCUCAGCUCUAUCCAUUGGAAUAGUGUGGUCUACUGUAGUGAGUGUGUUGUCACCCCCACUGGAUGUGCUGCUCUUCAGUAAAAAGAGCAAAAAAAAAAAUCAUUACACAUAAACCCAACUUCUGCUGACUUGUCUGAAACUUUCAGUUACCAGUAAUGUUAGAAUCAGGCUAACAGCUUGUUUUUAUUAUCAUUUUCUACUGACUCAUUGUCCUCUUAAGUGGCCACAGAUUCCGAUCCAGGCUGUUGAACAAAAGAGUUGCUUGGUUUUUUUUCAUUUCACCUUGGUUCUGCAUGUCAAGUCCAUCCUCUACCCCUGUCCAAAAAACCUCCACAUGAGGGUCGCAGGGCCACAGGAGCCAAUCCCAGCCAACAUAAGGCCCUGGACAUAGGGCGACCUGUACACACCCUGGACAGGUUGCACAAACAGACACCUACAGUCAAUUCAAACGAACGGGGGGAAAAUGCCAACCUUGUUUGGAACAGGUCGUGAAGCCAGGUCUUCUUGCUGCAAGGCAACAACACUAACCACUACUUCACUGUAUGAGAGUACAUGAUGAAUUGUAUUAUAUUUAACACGUUUUCUAAUGAAAAUGACCAAUAUCCCCACCUUUAUUUGCAAAAACAAAAAGUUUCAGUGCAACUUCUGUCAAAGAAUGGUGUUGAUAUGUUUUUUAAGUGGUUAUACAGAAAUCCUGGCCCUUUUGUAGACUGCAUAUCAUGUAGACUAUACCACUGACUCUAUCAGUACAGGGAAAAUACAACAUUACCACAACACAUCAAAGCUUUGACUCCACACAGAGCCAGUCCAAAAAAUAAAGUGUAUACAUGCAGUUGAGCGAGAAGCCUCGUCCUAGCUUGGAGCAGCAGCCACCUCUAAUAAACUCCUGUUUAUGAGCUUCAAGAGAUUUGGUUGGAAAUGUUGGCACUGCCUGCAGCACUUCGGAGGAAAUGGGCAAGAAACAAACCAAUGUAACACAAUGCCCUUCAGCCUGUUUGACAACUCUUUCUAUUAGCAUCACUGUCAGGGGCCCACGUGUAAACCUGUCCACAAAUAUUAGUUUAUGUUCUUGUACAAAAAGCAUUUUUCUUCUCAUUAAACCCCAUUAGCUGAUAACUAACUUCUCACUUUUUUUGUAAACUGACCUCCUUCACCUAAUCAUCCUUUUUUUUCCACAUGAUUCUGGGAGUGUAGAUCAUUCUAAAUGGCUCAGUGUGUCGUAACGUGGUUCAAACUAUUGAUGAAGUGAUUCUUGUAAAUCAGUCCGUGAGACAUUUAUUCAGAACCUUGUGAGUAUCCUUCCUCGUCACUCUGAGCAAAAUGUGUCUGUACCGGAAAAACUUGCUGAAAAUGUAAGCACACGGCCACUGUUGUGUCUCGUCACUGGUUUCUAAAUAGCUUUUUAUAAUAGCCAAAACUGUCCCUUUGUUUAUCAAAGAACUUUAUCUUGAAAACUGUAUAUUAAAAGCUUAAAUGUGCAA